AAACGAAAUUGCUCUCCAGCCUAGCUUGACUACCCAACCAGCCUGUGAAAAUGUUCCGGCUUUUCGCCCACACCAGGUGUUGCUUGCAGGUGAAAUGGGCACUGCAGAGGCCACUUCGGCCAGUUCCUUUUCCAGCAGUAGUGCAACAGAGCAGUUUCUCCACAGAUUCUGUGCAUCACCCAACCCAGACUGUCUCCUCAUGGCCCAAGGAUGUGGGCAUCCUUGCUCUGGAGGUAUACUUCCCUUCCCAGUAUGUAGACCAGGUUGAGCUGGAGAAAUAUGACGGGGUAGAUGCAGGGAAAUACACAGUGGGCCUAGGUCAGAAGCAGAUGGGCUUUUGUGCAGCUCAUGAGGACAUCAACUCUCUGUGCCUGACUGUAGUGCAGCGUCUGGUGGAGAGGAGCCACCUUUCCUGGGAUUCUAUCGGCCGGCUGGAGGUUGGCACAGAGACCAUCAUUGACAAGUCCAAGGCUGUCAAAACAGUUCUGAUGCAGCUCUUUGAGGAUUCUGGAAAUACAGACAUUGAAGGCAUUGACACCACCAAUGCCUGCUAUGGAGGCACAGCCUCCCUCUUCAACUCAGCUGACUGGAUGGAGUCCAGCUCCUGGGAUGGACGCUAUGCUUUGGUGGUCUGUGGUGAUAUUGCAGUCUACGCUACUGGGAAUGCACGACCAACAGGUGGAGCAGGAGCUGUAGCUAUGCUGGUUGGACCAGAUGCCCCUCUAGCUUUAGAGAGAGGUCUCCGUGGAACUCACAUGGAACAUGUCUAUGACUUCUAUAAACCAGACUUGGCUUCGGAGUAUCCUAUGGUGGAUGGACAACUCUCCAUUCAGUGCUAUUUCCGCGCCCUGGAUCGGUGCUAUGCCACAUAUCGCAAGAAGAUUGAGAAUCAGUGGCAGAAAGCUGGGAUCAACAAGCAGUGCACUCUUGAAGACUUCCAGUUCAUGAUCUUCCACACACCCUUCUGUAAGCUGGUGCAGAAAUCUCUGGCACGAGUGCUACUGAAUGACUUCCUUUCGUCCUCCAAGCCUGAUACUGAGAGUGGAAUCUACAAAGGGCUGCAAGACUUUAGCAAUGUGAAGUUGGAGGACACUUACUCCAGCAAGGAAGUGGACAAAGCUUUUCAGAAGGCCAGCAUGGAGCUGUUCAGUCAGAAAACCCAACCUUCCCUCUUCCUCUCUGCUCGCAAUGGCAACAUGUACACGCCAUCUGUGUAUGGCUGCCUUGCAUCUCUGCUGGCACAGUACUCUGCCCAGCAGCUAGCUGGCUCCAGAAUCGGCGUCUUCUCCUAUGGUUCAGGACUGGCAGCUAGCAUGUUCUCCCUGAAGGUGUCCCAGAAUUCUGCCCCAGGCUCACCCCUGGAAAAGUUGGUAUCCAGUCUUUCAGAUCUGCAAGCUCGGUUGGAUUCUCGGCAAUGUGUCUCGCCAGAGAAAUUUGCUGAUAUUAUGAAGCUCAGAGAGGACACUCAUCAUCUGGUGGACCACACUCCCCAUGGGUCCAAGGAGGAUUUGUUCCCAGGAACCUGGUACUUGGAACGAGUGGAUGACAAGAACCGCAGGAAGUAUGCACGGAAACCAGUCUAAGGGGAAAACCAAAACUGCCACUAGCAAAGCUUUCCUGACUUACUGAGACUUAUUGACAGAGCCUGAAGUACUGGCUUUACCAUCAAGCAGCACAGCAAACCACUUCAAAGCACUUUUGAAAAGGGCUGCUGAAUUUCAAACACACAAGGACUCUUACUCUUGUUUGCUGACAGGGAGCUGCUUUACCAACUUCUCUCUCUGAACUUUAUGCAACUGAUUGAUUUGCGAGUUACUUCCAGGUUCCCUCUGCUGAAGACAUCUGCUUCUUUCCAUUGUGGACUAUAUAUUUUGCUGAUUGAUGAAAGGUUUGUUUGGGUAUUACAAGGAUUUUAGCACUCUGUCAAUUCAAGCUAGAGCUACAAAUUAAAGUCUUCGGCCAAUCUAGCACAACAUCCACA